AUGAAAGUACCGAAGACCACAAGCAUAGUAUUAGUUGUUUUGUCAUCAUUGACUUUUCUAAAUUUUAUAUUGAAGUAUUAUACUUAUUUUGUAUUAAUUGCAUCAUCAACAAAAGCUCAACAGGAACAACAACAACAACAACAACAACAGGGUCAACAAGGUGAACAUCAUCAUAUCCCAGAAUUAGCACAAGAAACUGGAGAAAUACCUCAUCCUCAUGAAUUAUUUGUACCGUUAUUAACUUUUAUACCGACAAAAUCACCUGUUUUGACUCGACCAUGGGUUUUAUUAACUAGUGGAUUUAUUGAAGAAAAUUUCAUUGAAUUAUUUAUCAGUUUUAUAUUGAUUUUUUAUUUAGGGAAAUAUUUAGAAACUAUUUGGGGAUCUAAGGAAUUUUCUAAAUUUAUAAUUAUUAAUGUUUUAAUUAGUAAUUUGAUUAUCUAUAUCUAUUAUAAUUUAAAAUCAUUUAUCGUUGAAUUAACUGAUGAAUAUUUACCUCCAGUUAUAUUAAGUUCAAUGUCAAUUAAUAUUGGAUUAAUUAUAGCUAUGAAACAAAGAAUUCCAAAACAUUAUUUAAUUUUUUUCAAAGGUAAUUUAAGAAUUAAAGUCACGUAUUUACCAUUUUUAACGAUUUUAUUAACUUGGAUAUUAUCUUUAUUAAGUGAAGAAUUUUAUAUAUUAUUUGUUAUGAGUAUUGUUGGGUUUAUGGUUAGUUGGACUUAUUUACGAUUUUUUAAAACUGGUGCUAAUGAAAGACAAUUGUAUAUUUUACCAUUUGCAUUAACCCAUAAAAGGAAAAAUAGAUUCAAUACUACCACCAGCGUCAACAAUAAUGAUGGACAUAUUUUGGAUUCAAGUUUGGCAUCAUCAAGUAACAGUAUUAAUAACAAUAAUGGUUUCUCCUUGGAUGAUGAUACUGUUAAAGGUGAUAGAUCGGAACAAUUUGCAUUAUAUACAUUUUUCCCAUAUCCAUUAUCAAUACCAAUAAAAUUCAUUGCCAAUUUCAUUUUCGAAAUUUUAGUGGAUCAUAAAUUAUUAAAUCGACGUGAUUUCAAAAAUUAUGAUAAUGAAGAAGAGGACAAUACUAGUAAUGUCAAUGUCAAUCAUGUUCGAGGAAUUUCUAAUCGUUAUGAAGAUGUUGAUAAAUUGAAAAAUAAUUUAUUUGGACUUUCAGCAUUGAAUGGAGCACAACUGGUUUCAACCAUUUCAAUGGCUUCAUCAAUGAAAAAAUUUUGGGAUUGGAUAAUACCUACUACCAAUUCCAAAUCUCAUGAAGCUUCUAAUAUAAAAAUAAAUAUGGACAGACGUAGGAAAUUAGCAUUAAAAGAGAUAGAAUAA